UUGAAGUCGGGUUUAUCAGAUUGUGAUUGAGCUUGUUGAAAAGACGAUCGGAAGCGUUAGAUAAAAGCGUUAGAAGGCCUUGGAUAAAAUAAAGAAGUCUGCAAACAUGGUUGGCUGCUGUGUUCCUGGAUGCAGUAGCACUGUUGGAGGGCACAAAAUACCACGUGAAGAGAAGCUCCGCAAGACCUGGUUGGUGAAGAUCAGGAGAGAAGGUUCAAAACGAGGAUCUGUGUGGAAGCCUUCAGCAUCAUCUGUAGUUUGUCGAAAACACUUCACACCGAAUGAUUAUAUGGAGCCAUCCUGGACAUCCAAGAUGGCAGGAAUUGUCAGGAAGCAGCUGAAAAAAGAUGCUGUCCCAAGCAUUUUCCCAUGGACUUCUGCAAAGAAUAAGGUAGAAGUGCAGAGGAGAGCCAGGAGCAUACAAAGACAGCACACAUCUAAACAAGAAGAUGUUGCUGAAGAGCCUGAUGCAACUCUUGAUAGGAUAGGCAACUUUGAUACAGUUGAGGAAGUUGUUGCUGAGAAUGACUACCAUGAAAAUGCUGAAGUCGCUGAUGAGUCUGCACCUCAACCUGAGCGUGCUGAUAAAUCCGUGCAAGCAGAGCAAAGUAGCGUGAACUUCUCAGUAGACCGCUUCAGUAACAAUGACAAGGCCAUCAAGUUCUAUACCGGGUUUGAUAGCUUCGAACACUUUCAGAUCGUAUUUGACUGCCUGGGUCCAGCAGCGCAUAGGCUUCAAUAUUACCCGGAUGGCUCUGCUUGCACGGUGAUCCCUCCUCUAGACUGUUUCUUCAUUACACUGGUAAAGUUAAAGAGAAACAAAGAACUUUUCGAACUGAGCAUGAUGUAUGACGUGUCAGUCUCGCUGAUAUCCAACAUAGUCAUCACAUGGGUGAACUUUAUGUAUCGCGAGUUUCUGGACAUGGGACUAGGUUGUGGGUUCGGGGCGGGCCGCAGCGAGGAUUCAGGGAUCACAAAGGUGAUUAUAGACUGUACAGAGGUAGCAACUGUGAAGCCUGGAAACGUGAUCGCGCAGCAGGCCACGUAUAGUACGUACAAAUCUACAAACACCAUGAAGACACUAGUGGCAAUAACACCCUCGGGUAUCGUAACUCACGUUUCCCAGACAUAUGGUGGAAGCACCAGCGAUAAUGCGAUAGUGCAGGAAAGCGGCUUGUUGGAGAGCCUCGGGCCGGGAGCGGAGGUCAUUGCUGACCGUGGAUUCACUGAUCGCUGCCUCGCCGAGUCUAGAUCUGUGAAGCUUGUGACCCCAGCCUCGAUGAAGGGUAGAGGACAGUUACCGCCUAGCGAAAGAGCCGCAUCGGGGGCCCUGUCAUCUCGACGCAUACACGUGGAACGUGUUAUUGGGUUAGCCAAGACCUACGCUAUUCUACGUGGUCGGAUGUGUGUAUCCCAGGUUAAGCUAAGCACGGAAAUAGUGUACAUCUGCUUCAUGCUCGCCAACUUCCGAAGGAAUAUAGUGAAGUAAGCGUACCACACUCCAGUGAGUCGAGAGGUUCUGAAUGUCCUAGUGUCUACCUAUGUAUGUCUCUGACUUACUAUGUUCCGACAGAUCAAUGAAUACACGUCUCAUAUUACAU